UAUAUGUGUUUAAAACUUUUAUAAAUAAGUUUAUUUGGCAGAUGCAUAUGUGGGGUCAUGGCUCACAAUAUAGAAGAGGAGCAGAGUCGUUGAAGGGAAGCCAACCAAGAGCCAUGCUAGGAAUACCGUGCUAUUGCUGCGCAGAAGGAUGCAAGAACAACAUAAACCACCCGAGAGCUAAGCCUCUGAAAGAUUUCCGAACGCUGCAAGCUCACUGCAAGAGGAAACAUGGGAUGAAACCCUUUAUGUGUCGGAAAUGCGGCAAGCUGUUGGCGGUGAAAGGAGACUGGAGGACACACGAGAAGAACUGUGGCAAACGAUGGCUUUGCAUUUGUGGUUCUGAUUUCAAGCACAAGAAAUCGCUCAAAGACCAUGUUAAAGCUUUUGGUUCUGGUCAUAGUCCUUCUCUUCCUUCGAUUUGAUGGGAUGUUGCACCUAAUUUAGUUCGCUUUUUUCCUCCUUAUCAUAUGCUUCUCAUUCCUCUCUCAAGUCAAUAAAAUUUUAUGUAUUUUAUGAGUUGUGGUUUUC